UUUAGAAAGUGCGGUUGUGAUAUGGCCUGAUAUAAGUCGAUUCUGUGAUUUCAAGCAUUUGAGGGUUGGUUGAAUGUUAGUACGAUUGAGCUGCCUAAGCGUUUUGUAUAAGUAUGAAGAUUGUGGGACAUAUUGAAAUACACAACCGCUCCCUUUCCUCCCUGAAUAUUCCAGGGAAAGGACGCAGUCAGUGGUCUUCCCUAGCCAUUGGAAAGCAACCAGGCACAGAAGCAGAAUUGUUUAUAGUGCACCAGUCAGCUCAGAAUAAGUUAGGAACAAAAUACAAGGUGAAGAAAAAUAUUGAACAGAUAUUCACCCGUUUUGUAAACGAAGGAAAGGCAACUAUCAGAUUCAAGUAUCCACCUCAUGACAUCUGCAUUAAAUGCGACUCCUUGCAACUGAAACCUUUUCUACAAACAUUGAAACUUGGUUUAGAAGAGACAGUUCCUACAAAAACUUUGAAGCUAUCCAAUAUCACUUGUACAUCCAAAGUGCCACCUAUACCAAAAACGAAACUUGUUGUAUUAUCCAAAGCAGCAUAUCCUGCUCUGGAGGGAUUUCCCAGAACUCUGCAAAUAUUGAAGAUAAACUAUGCAGAACAGAAAAGGUUUGAUACUAAGAUUCUGCGCUUACAGAAACUUAAAGUACUAGACUUGAGCCACAAUGACCUGACAUCCCUACCAGAAGAGCUGGGAACGCUUUCUUUAGAUUGUUUAUGCCUUUCUCACAAUAAAUUUGGUGAAACUCCAGCCCAGGAUCCAAGAUGGAACUGGAUCAGUGGUUUCAGAUUGGCUAAAUCAUUGGAGGUGCUGGAUCUCAGCCAUAAUGAGUUAAAGCUGCUACCGAAACAAAUAUCCAAGUUGAAAAAACUCGUUAUUCUGAAAAUUGAGAGGAAUCAGCUAAGCCAGUUGCCUCCAGGUUUAGGAAAUCUUUCAAAUCUCAGGUCCUUGGUGUGUGGACAUAACAGACUGUGCUACCUGCCUGGCAGCAUAAAGAGGUUGCACUUGGACUCCAUAGACUUGGCAUCCAACUCAUUUGAAUCUGUGAUAAAUAUGAGAAAUGCAAACAAUCUGGGAGUCCCCAGUCUUGUAGAGUGUGCUGCAAGGAAAGUUAUCAACUGUAGUGGGCAUAGAUACGUCAAGUUCUGUUUGCUGGCAGUGGGUGUCCUAACCUCCCUGUCAUUCAUCAACAGGGAUGGCUGAACCCACAACACAGGUCAAAGUCGGUCCUGCAUCUGAUCUCCAGUGAAUGGUAUGUUGUUUCCAAAUGCAACAAGUUAGGCAGUGUUGCAGUGAUAGAUAUCCUCAACCCUCUCUGUGCUAACUGACACUGCCAUAACUGCUCCCCGGUCUACAUAACUUGCAGUCAGUUUUUAAUAUCACUAAUUAAAAAACAUCAGAUGAAUUCUCUGUAACAUUUAUUGAAUGAUGGAAAAGGGGAAGGAAGGAAAACAUACUUUUACAGAUCUUGUAAUUAAUAUAUAAGAUACUUUCACAGGAUUGCUAAAAUCUAGGAGCAGUUUGAUCACUGUUCUUUACAGUACAGCUGUGUUCACAGUAGUGAAAUUUGCAACCAUUCAUAUAUUUGUUGCAUAUGUUCAUUAACAUCCAAGAUUUUUUGCAAACCUGAUAUGCAAAAUAUUUUACAUUAGAGAUGCCAAUUACCCUCCAUAUUUCCCAUUAACAUUAUCUACAUAUUAUAUUCACUGUUACAUAUUUUGGAAUUCCUAACUCAAAUUAAUAACUUACAAGGAUUAACAUAGUUUAAAGGUAUGAAUGCAAACUGUUUCUUCCAUUUAGUGCAUUGAUCUUUACCAGGAUUCUACAAGAGGAUAGGGGAUGACUGAGAAGAGUUCUAAAUAUAUUUCUAACAUACAACAGUGACAAAAUGUGAGCUACGACUCAUUUUACAGGCAUCUGUUUUACUUAUGCAGUAAGUCAAACACAAAAUUUGCAACAGGAGGUGGAAAUAUUACUUCAGAAGUUGGCAUCUCUGAUGCCAAAAAUAAUUAAAUUGGGACAGGGAUGUUACAAACAGGGGUGGAAAAAUAUUCCAAGAAAUUUUCAGGGUAAUAACGUUUUUCUUUUCUUCCCCCCCAAGUAAACUAGGUUCUUCAGCUGCCAGCUAAGAAAGCAAGCACUGGUUCAUUUAUAUACACCCUAACAGGAAAUUAUGAAUUCAAGUUUAAAACAGGAUGGAAGAAUGCCAAUGUCAGGCCCAAAGAACUGACUCAGUAAGAAAUGUGGCUGCUAGGGUGUAAAGGGGACCACACACUCCCUUGUAGAGUUUUGUAAGUGCAUGUACUGCCAUGGGCUUGUACAAAACCCGAUACAUGAAAAUUACUUUCUUCCAGGAUGACACCACACAGUCUGGUGGAUCAUUACAGCAUUUUGAAUACUGUCUCAUCUUCAGGUAGAAGAGUAAGCCAAGCAUGGAAGAAAGUGCUACAGAAAAUGACCUGCACUAGAGGGAGCCAACGGCAAUAAGGAAAACUGCGGGGGGGGGGGAUCCUCAUAUAGCUUACUCUUCUGCCCUGAAAAUGGGGGAAACAGGUUUAUCUGAAAUGUUGAUAAUGAUCUACCAACAUCAUAUCUAAGAAGACAGCAACCUUCAUAUUCAUCACUGUAUCUCAAAUCUCACAAGAAUAUAUCAUCUACAGUGUGACCACAAAGAUAAAUUUUGUACUUCACAAACUUCCAUUAAUUGCAGGAAAAUUAUUACAAGUAACUGCCAUGUGAUUAUCAACAUACAUUGAAACCUCCAUUUAAGGUUUCUUUGGGGAACAGUAUUCUUGCACAUAACG